AUGUCGGACUCAAAACUACUUAAUGAUACAGUGUUUGAACUCAAGUAUGUUGACAUGUUCUGGGAGAUGUACCUCCCAGAUAGUCGCAACUUCACACCUGAAGCAUGCCAAUACUCUAUAGCUGGCUGGGCGUUGCUUGCCCAGAAAUGGGUCCAUUAUGACGGAGCCCUCAAAUUGGCAUUGGGCGCCAUCAGUUUGAAUACCAUCGGCCAAGAACUGGGAAAGGAAUGGAUCAUUCACGAGGCCAGGAAGCUUUAUGGCGCUGCACUUCAGGGGAUGGCGUCUUCAGUGCAGAAUCUUCACAGAAAGAAUCAAAAUGCUAUCAUAAUGACUUCAAGGAUACUCUCGUUAUUCGAGGUCUUAUUUGGGGACGGCGACCUAGCAAAGCGUUACCAAGACUGGUCGGGACAUGUUUCCGGAGAAGAGGCCAUCAUGAUGCUUACAAAACCGGAUAAUUACAUCAACAAAGAUGCUCACGACCUCCUAUGUGACGGGCGCCUGCGCUCGGUAUUCUUGAUCUUGCCAUGA